UCUCGGGCUAAUCGAUGGAUCUGUACUGUUAGUCAGCGACAUAUGCCUGCGCAGCAUAUCUCUAAUUGUUAUAGUGAGCUGUUCUCAUGUCGCUAGUAUGCCAAAUCAAUCAGAUAUUUGCUCACGCAAGCGCCAUCAACAGAACAUCCUCGUUCCAAAUCUCAGCGUUUCCCAAACUUCCGCACAACAUAACGAAGUUUAUCUGAUUGGCCGACGGUAUUUCAUUAUCGAAUGGAAACAGCUGCGCUGGAAAGCAAUGAAAGCCCUUAUAAAAGUGCCUACCCACGGACUGAAGUAUGUAGACAGGCGAGUGGCACCUUUCAGUUUCGUACAUUCAGGCGUGCUAGAAGACGUCUCCGACCUCGUGACUCUUUGAGACCAAGGAGCCCUGAUUCUGGGCGCAGAUGCGCUUCCAUUAGCUGUCCACCAGACGCUCCCCGACCUAUUCUACAAGUAAACGAAGAUACAGUUUUAUUUGCAAGUACAAAACGCAUCUCCAAGGCAGGAGAGUUUUCGAAAGCAGCUACAACACGGGAGCAACGAAGCUCAGUUACUCUUCCAUCACUAUCCGCAAUCAGUGAAGAUGCAGUCACAGACGAUAACAUGCUUAAAACUUCCACUCCAUUUGCCCGACACACUCAAACAGAUUCUGAUCCCAGUGAGCUGUUGAAUACUGCAUUGAUUGGAGCACCCAGAUUGGCUCUGAAUUUGUCUAUUACAGACAGUACGGAUGAUGCAAACAGACUCGAUUCCACGGGCCCUCGUUGCAACAUAUCAGCCAUUUGCAAAACAGAAAUUCGUAAAUCAUCUGGUACUGCUGACCACCUGAUGUAUGAUGCUAAUGCGGGUUCUAAUUUCCGCCCCCUUGAUUGUGAGGUCGUCCAAUCCAGUUGCAAAUCGCCUCAAAGCGGAACCAAUAUUUCCAAAUUCAACGAACUCAGUAUCAACCAAUUUAGAUGUCGCAUCUGCUUGGAAGGAGGAGACGGGGUAGGAGCUUUGUUCUCCCCUUGCCGUUGCAAAGGCACCGUCGGUCUAGUACACAGGACUUGCCUACAGCGGUGGCUGUAUGAAUCUGGUAAACCAAAUUGCGAACUCUGUGGUUACGCCUACAUCAUGACACCAUCGAGGCGCAAAUCAAAUUCAUUGCACUCGUACAUUGGAACAAGCGCUCAUCUUGGUCCUUUUCGGGAAUGGUUAAAUUCCCCCACAACACGCAGGCACUUAUUGACGGAUCUUAUUUGUUUAGCGUUUCUCACCCCAAGCACCUACAUCGGUGUAUACUUUUGUGUCAUUGGAGCUAUUGGCUCGGACUCCGAGGAUCCGAUUGGAUGGCAGGUUGUUGGACUGUGGUGUCUGGCUGUCCUGAUGAUGCUUCUCCUCUUCUCCUGGGUGAUUUUAGCCACACGUCAUCAUGUGAGUAACUAUCAACGCCAUCUACGCUUGCGUCGGCAACACGAACGGGAAGAGGCUGAGCGACUUGCAGCUUUACCAAGAUGGCGAUUUUCAAUUCAGCCUCGCCCACGGGGAUCAUCGACGUUAGUGCACUCCGACAUCGCAAAUGGACAGACCGUCAGCUACCAGAACACUAUAUUCGUAGAGGCACAACCCAUAAAGCCGCCGUCCUUGGAAAAUAAUAGCAUCUCCGAAGUGGAAGUUCACGCCCAGAUGAUACCCCUCCCAUCUGCUGAUCUAGCAACUAGUAACAACCAGGAACUGCAUGUCUCCCUGGAUCUGUCCACGAUCUCAGGAAUCAUGGAAGAAUGUGCAAAUGCAGACAAUGAGCGUAUACACCGGCACUUGGUAUGAAAUUCCUAAAUAGUUGCAUCAUAUGAUGGCGAUAACUUCACUAAGCUAGAUGUACAAGUUUUUGUGAAAGAUAUCUAUUGGGUGUCUUUGUAG